AGAAAGUGACCCCAGCCAGCCAGCCAGCCACCUAGCCAGCCGCACACCCUCUCUUUCUCCUCCCUUCCCUGCCCCUUCACCUAGCGAGGGCUGCUGACGCUGAUAAGCCAGGCAGGAAUGCGCGCCGCGGAAGGCAAGGGGAAGGAAGGCGCGGGACUUCACCAGGGAGCACGACAGCCCCUUAGCAGCGCUGCUGCGUGGCGGGGGAAAAGGCUGCCUUAGCGGCGCCCUUCACACGCGCGCCAUCAGUAGUCUCUCCUGGGAGGAAGCUGCGAGGAACGCCAAAGGGCCCCCUCUUCUUUUGGAAGACCCUUUCAGCAGCGCGAGCUAGCGCGGUGCCCACGAAGCGAGGUGCCCACCGAGAGCUGGCAGGCAUGGGGCAGGGGGGAGGAAGACGAAUCGCAGGGAGGUUGCAGAGCCAAGUGUCUGUCGCGCCUUGCUGAUCUGCUGGAGCAAGGGGAAAGCCGGGGAACAGGUGUUGGCGCUAGCCGACAGGUUCUGGCGCAGACGCCCCAUGUUCAGACGCUCACACCUCAAAAUCCUGCUGACUGGGAAUUCAGGGGCUGGCAAAUCUGCCCUGAUGAACCAGUAUGUUAACAACCGCUUCAGCAGUCGCUAUAGAGCCACCAUUGGGGCAGACUUCCUCAGCAAAGAAGUACACAUCGAUGGACGCAAACUGACAGUGCAGAUCUGGGACACAGCUGGCACAGAAAGAUUCCAAGCCUUGGGGACUGCCCUCUACCGGGGCUCAGACUGCUGCCUCCUUGUCUUUGAUGUUACAUCUGCUAACUCUUUCCAAGCCCUGGAGAAGUGGCACAAGCAGCUCCUGUUGCAGAUUGAGCCAGAGGAAGAACCCACUUUCCCCAUCGCGGUCAUUGGGAACAAGAUGGACCUGGAGAACCGUGAGGUAUCUUCCGAGGAAGCAGAAUUGUGGAGCAAGCUUCAUGAAGCCACAUACUUCGAAACCAGUGCCAAGGAAGCCACCAAUGUACAGGAGGUGUUUGAGUGGGCCAUACAGGCUGUACUAAAGAACCGCAGGGUACCCGAAGAACCACAACCCGACUCAGUUCACCUGGAGACCAGGCCACCAGAAGGGGCACACCGGGAGAAGUGUAGCUGCUAAUCAGACCAAAUGCAGAUGGGAAGAUUCCUUCUCUCUGCAUAUGCCUAGGAGGGCAUCUUCACCCUUUGCAAUGCCCGUGGGUAGGGGGACACCCCCGCAGGACAGCUGCAAGGAUCCCAGGGCAGACUUUUGUCCUCUGGAAAAUGUAGCCUAGUACUUGGGAGGGGAGCUGGAUCAUAUUGUAGGCUACUCUCACCCAGGCACAUGGAAAUAAAUUUGAAAGACAA